AUGUUCUACGGGCUGUUCGUCGUCUUCUGGGCCCUCAACGCGUCGUCGCACAUCGCCGGCGAGUACUGUGGAACGGGUCCCUUAUCCCGAUUUUUUGGGCAGAACGAAGAGACGGUCAAGUACUGCUGCGCGGUGGCCGGCUGCGACGAGACGUUCACGACAACCAUGGUCGACUACGAUAAAUGGGUGCAACCGUACGAUGACGUGCAGCAGGACCAGUAUUUCUGGAACGAGACGACGUCGGCGAAUUUUAGCUACGCCUUUUUGAUCGAGCUGAAAAACGUGGCGAACACGCCGUGCCUCUACAACACCGUCGUGCUGAUCACCAAUCGACUUUUCAACUACCAGUCCGGGCUGAAUAAGGAUUUCCCCUACGUCCCCGACGAGGGCUGCAUCACGUUUUCGGUGAUUCUGCUCGGGAGACCCGACAUUCCGAACGAGGACUUCGAGAAGCAGUAUGCCAAUUUAUCCACAAAACUGCUGCAAGUGAACAACAUUUCGUGCAUCUACGAGAUUGCCAACUUCAUCGACGCCUACCGGGCCUCGGCCCCGUCGGCCGCCUUCAAAUGGCUGCAGCAGCACGCCAACUUCGAGGUGUACGCCUUCAGUAUGGCGGUGCAGAAGAUCUACGAGGCGGAGACGACGAUCCCCGCCCGGAACCUGUUCGUCGACGACGGUUUCAGCAAGGCGCCGGGUCCCACCGAUAUUUGCCCGCCAAAGGACAAAUCGACGGGGAUGCCGAGCACGACGAUAUGGAUGAUCAUCAUCGGCGUGUCGUUUGGUGGUAUCGACUACUGGGAAAUCUCGUGGGAUCGGCUGAUCGUCAGCUCGGAAAAGCUGGGCCACGGUGCCUACGGGCUGGUGUAUAAAGGAAAAAUGCUAGGCCAAUCGCCGGGCCUGGAACACUACUAUCCACAUGAAGCGGCCAAUUUUCGGGACUGCGACGUGGCCGUGAAAAUCAUCCAGAAGCACGCGUCCGAAAAGGAGCUCCAGAUGUUCCUGCACGAGAUCGAUAUGAUGAAAACCCUCGGCUUCAACGAGCAUCUGGUGAAUAUGUUGGGAUGCAGUACGCAGUCGGCAAAACGCUCGUGUCUGGUGCUGGAGUACUGCGCGAAUCGCGACUUGAAGAGCUAUAUUUUGAGGCGGCGCUCCGAUUUGGAUCAGAGCCGCUCAAUCGACGAGCAAAUCGACUGCACCAAGGAGUUUUUGCACUUUGCAUGGCAGAUCAUUUAUAGU